AUGGCUAUUAGAGAGGAUAUCGUCGCAUCGGCUGUGACAUUCCUUCAGGAUCCAAGCGUUGCCGCAUCCCCGGUGGAGAGCCGCAUUGCGUUCCUUCAAUCGAAGAACCUCACCCAAGAAGAGGUGGAUGCUGCGCUCGCGCGAGCAGACGGCAACCAAGCAGCGGCGCCAUCAUAUGCAAACUAUGCACCCCAACAGCAAGUAGCUAGGCAGCCACCUCCUGGCUAUGGAGGGGGUUACCAGCAGCCAUGGCAGCCACAAGCGCCGCCGGAGCUGCCGAAGAGAGACUGGAGGGACUGGUUCAUCAUGGCCACAGUCGCGGGUGGUGUCGGAUACGGGUUAUACACCGUGGCUAAGCGCUACGUCCUCCCGCUGAUUGCCCCUCCUACUCCCCCCCAACUCGAGCAAGAUAAGGCCUCGAUCGACGCCUCGUUCGAGCAAGCCUUCACUCUCCUCGAACAACUUUCUAAAGACACCGACGCCCUCAAAUCCGCCGAAGAAGAGCGCACCACGCGCCUCGAUGCCGCCCUAGCAGAUGUCGAGUCGGCCAUUAGUGAGCUCAAGACCUCCGCCCGCCGCCGCGACGACGAGUCCCGCCGCACCACCGACGAAGUCCGCGCCCUCAAGGACCUCAUCCCCAAGGCAAUGGACGGCCAGAAGGAGAGCACCGAUGCCCGCCUCAUCGAGCUCAACGCCGAGCUCAAAAGUCUCAAGAAGCUAAUGGGUCAACGCAUGGCCCCCGCCUCGCCUACACCCUCGACCUUCGGCGUCGGCCCAUCCGCCCGCGCUACUACUACCCCUUCCAACACCACCCCCGCCCCUUCCGUAUCGCAGUCCAAUGGCAUGUCCUCCCCGGCUGCGCCUGCGUCUGAGGGAGGCCCAAAGCCGGCCUCGGUCAGCAAUGGCAAAGGCACUGAGUCUACCGCGUCCCUGUCUGGUCGCGGGUCUAGCACCCCAUACAGCGCAGGUGUGCCAACUGGGCGCGCACCGAUUCCAGCGUGGCAGAUGGCGGCGGCCAAUAAGGCUGCUGCUGCUGCACCGGCGGCUUCUUCGAGCUCGCCAGCUGCGGGCGCGUCUGAUGCGCAGGAGGAGACACAGGCUUAG